AUGGCCUCCGCCGAAGCAGAAGCCGCCCAAAUCUCCUACGAGGACCUCGCGCUCCUCGAGGAUGAAUUCGAAGAAGUCGACAGCGAGAUCAUGCGCAAACAAUACGACCUCACCAAACCCCUCUACACCAAACGCGCGGCCGCCAUCGCCAAAAUCCCCAACUUCUGGGCCCUCGUCCUCGAACAAGCCCCGCCGGAAAUCGACCAAUUCGUCCAACCCUCCGACUCGCGCAUCUUCGGCGAGUCCCUCCUGAACCUCAGCGUCACACGCCCGGAACUCGACGCCGGCGGGGACGACGCAUCGCCGCGGAGUUUGAAGAUCCGGUUUGAGUUCAAGGAGAAUGAGGACUUCGAGGAUACGGUGUUGGAGAAGGAGUUUUGGUAUCGCCGCGCGAAGGACGGGUGGACGGGGCUGGUCAGCGAGCCGGUGAAGGUGCAUUGGAAGAAGGGGAGGGAUUUGACGGAGGGGUUGGGGGAUGCGGCGGUGGGGCUGUGGGAGAGCAGGAAGAAGGGUGGGGAGAUGUUGAGGAAGGAGGGGGUGGAGUAUGAUAAGGUGCGGAAGUUGGUGGAGCAUUUGGGGGGUGGGGCGAGUACGAGUUUCUUUACGUGGUUUGGGUGGGUGAGUGGACGGCGGUGGGUGAGUGCGGAGGAGAGCGAGGCGGCGCAGAGGGAGUAUAGGGAGAGGAUGGAGCGGAGGAAGAAGGGUGAGAAGGUCGAGGAGCCUGAGGACGAGGAGGAGAAUGAGGAGGAGAAGUUCGCCGCGAACGACGACUCGGAUGUCGAGGUGCACGAGGCGGGCGAGGAGUUGGCGAUUGGGAUUGCCGAGGAGUUGUGGCCGAAUGCGAUCAAGUUCUUUACGCAGGCGCAGGAGAUCGAGGAGAUGUCGGACAUCGACUUCGAGGACGAUGAUGAGGAUGAUGAAGAAGACGACGAGGCGGAGGGCGAGCCGGUGGAUAUCCGCGCUCUGGUGCAGGACAAGGGCAAGACUCGCAAGAGGAUGAGCGACGGUCCCGGUCCCUCGAAGAAGGCCAAGAAGGCGUCCUAA